AUGAAUCCGGAUAUUGUUGAUAUUCCAUUGGAAAAUUUCUUCGAAGUGAUUGUCAUUGGUGGGGGCACCUGCAGCCUUGCGAUCACUGCCAGGUUAUGUGAAGAGUACCCUGCUUCUAUUUACACAGAGGAUGAACAUCAGAGAUUUCACUGGCUCCGCCAAAGAGGUAGUAGGGUCAACCUCAUUAAUAGAAAUGUGUCUUCCCGAACAACAUUCAAACCACCUUCAAAGGAUAGAUGUUACGCACCUAGAAGAAAGUUUCAGCCUCUGGAUAUUUUGGUACUUGACGCAGCUGGUGAAAGAUUCAUGAGUCAAUGGGAUAAUCAAUUUGGUUCUUGUCAAAUCCCAUACCUUCGUUCACCCAUGUUUUUCCACCCUGAUCCUGUUAAUGUUGAUGGUUUGGUUAGUUUUGCUCACUUGUCAAAACGUGAGAGUGCUGGUGACAUUAUGGAAAUCAAGAAUGUAGUGGGAAAGGAAUACUCCAAACACCAAUUAAAGAAAUUGGCUAAGAAAAACACGAGAAAGAGAACUUCUCCAAUUCCGUCUACAAAUGCUAAUCAUGACAAACCAGGUAUUAUUGAUAUUAAUAUGAGGGAUUGGAAGGACUACUAUCGUCCAUCUACCAAACUUUUUGAAGAUUUUUGCAAGGAUAUUGUUGACAGAUACAGUUUGCACAAUAAUGUGAAAAAAGACGAAGCCAUAAAUGUGGAAGAGAGGUUUAUCAAUGUAUUAGGAAAGGAAGAAUACGGUAAAGGUUUUGUAAUCAAGUCUGCAAAUGGUGAAACUUUUGGGUGCAAAAUUUGCAUUGUUGCAACAGGACAUCGUGGAGAAGUAAACUACCCGAUAAAACCAUUUGAGGAUCCACACUUUCCAGAGGGAAGUUGUCAUACCACACAUUUGUUCAACAAGGAAGUGAAUUUCCUUGGUAAGGAACUCAUGAUCAAGCCAAGAGCUUCUAAAUCAAGAAGCAUUGUCAUUGUUGGUGGUGGCUUGACUUCUGCUCAGUUGGCCCAUGUUGCUGCAAAUGUUGGAAUUUCUAAAAUAUACUUAAUGCUUAGAGGACCUGUAAAAAUCAAGCAUUUUGAUUUCCAUUUGGAUUGGGUGACCAAGUAUAAGAAUGUUAAAAAAUCUGCUUUCUAUAUGAAAGAUACAGACCAAGAGAGAUGGGAAAUGAUCCAAGAAGCCAGAGAAGGUGGCUCAUUUAACCCAGAGUAUUACAAAAAGAUUUUGGACCAUGUGAAGAAUGGCAGAGUCGAUCUCAUGAAGUACACUUCUAUCACUAAUUCAGAAUGGGAUAGUGAUACCAAGACUUGGAAAUUGUUGAUCAAAUCCAAGUCAGAAACAAAAACAGCCAAAGGUGAAGAUAUUUAUUUCGAACGAGAGCUUGAAAAUAUCGACUACAUCUACUUUGCUACUGGAAUUACCGCAAACGUUAAAUCUUUAGAUUUCCUUCAACCUGUUAUACAAGACCAUGAUAUUGAAUGUGUUAAUGGAUUCCCUUGCUUGACAGAUAAUUUGCAGUGGAAUAACGAUUUAUUGUUGUUCAUGAUCGGAAAGAAUGCCUCUUUGAGAACUGGACCAUCAUCAGCAAAUCUUGAUGGGGCCAGAUUGGGUGCCGAAAGAAUUGGCUGGUACAUUCAAGACUUGCUUUCACUGGGGAAACUAGAAUGGAAAACAAGGCGUUGUAAGUUUUGCAGCAGCGAAUCUCCAGUCUCGAAUGUCCUGUUGGAUUCAAAGUUAGAUGGGGACAGUGAGUCCGAAGUCGAAACAGACACUGACGAAGAGCUUUCGUCGUUUGAUACAAGGCUCAAAUUAGCCAGUGGCCAGAUGAACUGGUAUAGUCUACUUGAUAAUAUGUGA